AUGGAGCGAAAAGACUGCAUGUCGUUUUUGGAGGAUAUGUCAGAGCUGAUUUUAAAUGAAAUAGCAAAAUCCAAGUAUUUGAGUUUACUCAAUGAUUUUGUUGAAUCUGAACUCUUCCUGAUUGAUGGGGAUUCCUUAUUUAUCACCUGCCUACAUGACCAAAAAUUGAAGCCAGGACAAAAUCUCCACCUUUUCUACUUAGUUGAACGUUAUCUUUUGGAUUUGACCAAUAAAGGAGGCCAAUUUAUUCUUGUUUUUUUCAAGGAUUUCGAGCACUCAUAUUUUGAAAUGCCCAAGCUUCUUUCAUUAAGAACUGCACUGAUUCUCCACCUUCAGAAAAAUACUGCUAUUAAUAUUAAAACUGGAUUUUCAGGAUGCUUUUCAGAAGAAUGGAAUUGUUUCUUGGGAGAAAACUGCCCAUAUUUCUUUUUAGUUUCAGAUGAAGGAAUGACUGAUCUUCAAACACAUCUUUUCCAUUUUUAUAUUCUACAUUCCUGGUCCAAGAGAGUUAAUAUUGCACUGACUUCAGGGCAGGAAUUAGAUAUUCUUAGAGUUUAUGCAUACUUUAUGCAAAGUAGGUAUACUGGCCAGCAUUUUUUCAAGGAGAAUAAAGAGAAAAUAGAGAGUGUUUAUCAAACCUUGAUCGAACAUAUGAAAGCAUCCAAAGCUGUGGCACUGACACCGUUGUUUGACCAAUUAAACUGCAAUCACCUGGAAAAAGAGAUAUGUUGGAGUAUUGACCAACUUCAGACUCUCUGGCCAAAAGGAUUUGAUAUUAGACGUGUCCUCUGCGUCUCAUCAUGUUCUUUGUCCUUGAAAAUGUAUCACCAUUUCCUAGAAAAGAGAAAGAAGGAAUCUUUUUCUUCAGAAGCUGAGACAUCUGAGAAUCAAUUGGCAUCACUGGAGGAAGUUCAAGAUUUGUGCAGAUUGUAUUGCCUCAGUGUGGCUUUUCUGCUCCAUUUGUCUCUUUCUCAGAGAGCUUGUUCCAGAUUAAUCACUUCUUCCUGGAAAAACUCAAUUUCUACUUACUUGAAAAUGAAACGUUGGUGUGAAUUUUUUGUUCUAAGGAAUUUGGAUAGUUCAGAAACAUGGAAUAUGGAUUUAACUUAUGUUUGUGAUGUAAAUGAUGACAUAUUGUGGAAGAAUAUAGCUUACUACUAUGAAACAGAAAGCAUCCAAGGUUUACAAUUGGACUUGGGAAAAGACAUUGAGGAAGAUUAUAAAGACUUGUGGAAUGCUGUGUCACAACUGGUAAGAGAGUUUCCUGUAGGACCACCGGUACCUCUCCGAGCAACAAAACAACUUUUCCUUCAAAGCAAACAUUCACCAAUUGAAGAAGAGUCUCAGGAAACAAUGCCUAAUUUAGGCUUUAUUCCAGUGACAUCACCAAUGGUUAGACAGUUGGCUGGAGACAUCCUGGAUCAGGUUGAUUUUCUAGACAGCGAUGACCCAGUGGUUACCUCCCUCGUUAAGUAUGAGGAGCUUCCUGAACUUGUGCACUGGCAUUCUCUUAAGCCUCUUAGUGACCAUUAUGAGAAGAUAAAGACUUUUAUAGAUGGAAAACCCAAAGAUGUCCUCAGAGUCAUACAAAAGUUACAGACUUUUCAGCAACAUUUGGGAAACCUCUUAGCUGAUACUAAUUCCAAAGUCAUUGUAACUCAAUCAGUCAGGCCAAAGGAAGAUUCUGCUGCAGCAAAGAAGAACAAAAAAUCACACGGUAGUAAAGCUGAAAUCAUUAGAAAAGAAAACAGCAAUCGACUCCUUGUGAAAGAGGAGCAGAAAGAAAGUAUGAGAUGGAAUACCCUGUCAUCUUCUAUUAAACAAGAACUGAAAGAGAAUUUUCUUUCUGGAAUAACAAAACUAGAAGAUUUCCUGAAGACUUGUAAAAGCAACUCUUUGAAAUGUAGGGUAGAAAUGAUAGGAUUGAAUGCCAACUUAAAUGCAUGGAGAGAACACUGCCAACAUGAAGGGAAAAUAACAAAAGAUUUCAGCAUAGCUAUUCAAAUGAUGAAAAGAAUCCAUUCCAUAAUGGAAAAAUACCAGAAAUUUUUACAAGAAUCAGAUAAAAAACAAAUAUCCAGAUGUCUUAAAUAUUUAGGAUUUGAUAAUUUGGCUAAAACUUUGGAUCCCACAGAGGAUAUGGGAAAUGACAUAAAUAACAAAGAAGUCAAUUAUGCUGUUGAUAUGGGACCAGUUCGCUUUCAACUACAACAGAUGGGCCAUUACUUAAUACGCGAUGAGAGAAAAGAUCCAGAUCCAAGGGUUAAUGAUUUCAUUCCUGACACAUGGCAGCGAGAGCUUCUUGAUGUUGUGGACAAUAAUGAAUCAGCACUAAUUGUUGCUCCAACAUCAUCGGGGAAAACAUACGUCUCCUACUACUGCAUGGAGAAAGUUCUGAAGGAGAGUGAUGAUGGGGUGAUUGUAUAUGUGGCCCCUAAAAAGGCCCUUAUUAACCAAGUGUCAGCCACUGUCCAGAGUCAUUUCACGAAAAAACUGCCAGAAGGUCAAGUUCUAUGUGGUGUUUUCACAAAGGAAUACCAUCAUUUUGCAUUAAACUGCCAGGUCCUUAUAACAGAGCCGUACUGCUUUGAGACUCUAUUGCUUUCCCCUAAUCGUCAAGAAUGGGUGAAAAGGAUCAGAUAUGUUAUAUUUGAUGAGGUUCAUUGUCUUGGAGGACAAAAUGAAGCAGAAAUUUGGGAACAUCUUCUGGUUAUGAUCCAAUGUCCUUUCCUGGCUCUUUCAGCAACUAUCAGCAACCCUGAGCAUCUCACUGAGUGGCUACAAUCUAUAAGAAGGUCCUGGCAGGAGGCAGAAAAGAGAAUAGUAAAUUUUCAUCCCAGCCCAGAUGCUAAAGGAUGUGUCAGAGCCUCCCAAAUGAACUUAAAAGUAAAGAGAUCCUAUAGAGUCAGACUCGUGCUUUAUGAAGAGAGAUAUAAUGAUUUAGAGAAACAUGUGUGUUCACUAAGAGAUGAUGAUAUUGUCUUUGACCACUAUCACCCACUGGCUUCGCUGACUACAGAUCAAAUUGAGAAAUAUGGAUUUCCAUCUGACCUUACCCUUUCUCCAAGAGAAAGCAUCCAGCUUUAUGACACUAUGGUACAAGUAUGGAAAGCCUGGCCCAAGGCUCAGGAAUUGUGUCCUGAGGAAUUUAUUCAUUUUAAGAACAAAAUCGUCAUUAAAAAGAUGGAUGCUAGAAAAUAUGAAGCCGCAUUAAAGGAAGAAAUACUGGAUUGGAUUAAAAAUGGCAAUGAAAAUAAGGCCAAGCAAGUGCUGAAGAUCCUUAGACCUGCUUCUGUUUCCCAAUCAGAUGACAUGGAGCAUAUGUUUCCACUUCUUGUUGAAAAGCUGAGAAAAAUGGACAAACUACCUGCAUUGUUUUUUCUGUUCAACACAUAUGAUGUAAGGCUAGCGGCACACAGCGUGUACAGUGCUCUAGAAAAAAAGCAGAAAAUGAGACAGUCUGACAAUGCAGACAAAGAAAUCCAGGAGUUAAUUAACAAAUUGGAGAAAGUGAAGAAAGCAAUAGAGAAAUCACCAACUGUACCUGAAAAUGUCUUGAAAAGAUCUUCAAGAAUGGAACAAAGAAUGGUCCUUGAAGCUGAGUAUGAAGAUUUACAAAAAAUGUUGGAAAAGAAGACUGAGAUACCUUCAGACUGCACUUAUGCCAACCCAAAAAUGAUACCUCCAGAGACUUUGCAGACAAUGAUUAACGGAAUAAAAUAUGUAAAAAAAGGUGAAGAAUUGGAAAUUCUGGCAAAGAGGGGUAUUGGAUACCAUCACAGCUAUCUGCAAGAAAGAUUAAGACGAUUCAUUGAAGUACUCUUCAAGAAAGGAUUUAUCAGGGUUGUGACAGCUACUGAAACACUUGCUUUAGGAAUUAACAUGCCAUGUAAAUCUGUGGUGUUUACUCAAAACUCUGUUUAUUUGGAUGCUUUGAAUUAUAGACAGAUGUCUGGACGUGCAGGAAGACGAGGUCAAGACUUUAUUGGACAUGUGUUUUUCUAUGAUAUCCCAUUACCGAAAAUAGAAAAUCUUAUUAAAUCCAGAGUACCAGAACUGAAAGGCCAUUUCCCCCUCUGCAUGAGCCUGGUCCUAAGGCUCAUGUUGUUGGCUUCCAAAUCAGAUAAUGGCUCAGAUGCAGAAGCAAAGGUAUUUUCUUUGCUGAAUAACUCACUGAUGUCAUUCAAGAAACCCAGAAUCAAGGACAUGUUGAAACUAUAUUUUUUAUUUUCAGUGCAGUUUCUUGUGAAAGAGGGAUAUUUGGAUUGUGAAGGAAGCCCAAUUGGUUUUGCUGACCUUGUAUCACAUUUCUUUUAUGAAGAACCUUCAAAUCUUGUGUUUGUCAGUUUUCUCAGAAAAGGCCUGUUCCAUAAUUUAUGCCAACCAACUGAACAAGGCUCAAAACAUUUUUCUCAAGAUGUCAUGGAAAAACUUACAUUAGUAUUGGCAAAUCUGUUUAGAAGAAAAUAUGUUCCAGCAAAGUUCCUGGAUGGUAAUUUUGAGUUUUAUCAAUCCAAGGUAUUUCUGGAAGAUCUUCCUUCAGAUUUUGAUGAUGCCUUACUUGAGUACAACACAAAACUGACAAGAGAUUUUAGCCAAUUCCUACUUAUUAUUUCCAAGUUUGUUGACAAGAAACAAGAACAUCAGCUCCCUUUGUCAAAAAUUGAAUUCACAGAUGAAAAAUGUGACACUUCCAAGCUUGUAUCUCACCUGAUGAGCUGUAAGAAGGACAGAUCUGCCAUUUCACCCUUUGUAUGUCUCUCCGGAGUCACAAAUCAAGAUUUGCUUCAAAUACAGAAUAUCAACAAUGUCAUUCUGCGUACAAUUGGUAUUACUUCCUCCCAGGCUCCUCUGCUUUAUUCAAAGAAAGUUGACAGUCUAGGGAGAAGAAUGCCACUCAAUGCCUAUAUCCUUAAUUUCUAUAAACAUGGCUCCCUGAAAGCAUUAGAAGAUGAAAACAGGAUCUCUGAAGGAGAAGCUUACGUUUUGCUGAAAGGUUUUUCCCGUCUCCUUCAAUCUAUCAGUGUUUCCUUAAGGGAAUUGUGUGAAGAUGAGGAUGACAAUGUGGUGUUAGCAUUUGAACAACUUAGUCACAGCUUCGAUGAAAAAUUUGAAAAAGUUUAA